CUCCAUUUUCCCGAGCCGUCCGUCCGGAAAAAACAAUUUCCAGGAGUGAAUCAAGCUCGGAUCGCACGCUGUCCGCCAGCGAUAUGCAAGGAUCCUCUCUACAUGCGUCGUUAACCGUGGUAGGAAAAAGGAUUCCUACCUCAAUUUUAUCGUCAAGUUCGCUCCGAGCUGCGAAUAACUGCACGCGUUUACUUUUCCUGUUGAUUUAGUGCUCUCGAUCGUGAUUGAUACUCAAAGAUGUAUGGCAUGCUGUUGGAGAGCGUGCAGCAUUUUGUGCAGAAAGAAUAUGGGGAAGAUGUAUGGUUUGAGGUCUUGAAGAUAUCGGAGUGCAAAUAUAAUGUUUUCAGCACUCACCAGGUAUAUCCUGAUCACAUCAUGGCUGACUUAGCCCGAGCAUUGGAAUCAAUCACAUCGCAAUCCUACGACGAUUUCAUGACAUUUUUUGGAAGAUGCUUCGUUAGAUAUUUCAGUAAUUAUGGCUAUGACAAAACCAUCAAAGCUACUGGUAGAAGCUUCACGGAUUUCUUGGAGAACGUCGAUAACAUUCAUUCCCAAUUCAGACUGUCCUAUCCAAAAAUGAAGAGUCCUUCUAUGUACUUGACCGAAGUGGACGAAAAUGGUUGUGUGCUAGUUUACCGAAGCAUAAGACAAGGUUUCACACAUUACCUAAUGGGUCAGCUACAGGAAAUAGCAGUUAGUUUGUUCAAUCUGAACUUGGAGACCAAAGUCCUGUCCAGUGAAAUGUCAGAGGCGAAUGGAAAGAAAAUCAGGAUUGUUACUUUUCGCCUGAAUUUCGACAACAGUCAAUAUAUGAAAAUGAAAAUCGAAAAAGCCGCCCACUUGGAGACAACCCUGCUCGCUCCUUUCCCCUGCGACCUACUGCUACGACUUUUCCCCUUCGGCAUCCUGUUCAACCCGGCCAUGGUUAUAACGGGAUGCGGAGAAAAGAUAAUUGAAGUGGCAGGAAAAGGAGGAAAACAAAAGUUGUUGCUGAAGCCGAUAACAAAAUAUUUCAGACUGAGGAGGCCGAAGGGGAUCAGUUUCACCUGGAAAAACACAUUCUACCUUAAAUCCGUCAUGUUUGAGAUAGAGUUACUGAGAGCAGAGUUUUUGAAAACCCCAUCGUUGGAAUGUCAAUCGCCGAAAGAUGAAAGGGAAAUUGAGAUAGACGGAAAAAGUAUAUCUCCCUAUUCUCUCAGAAGAGAUAGUCAGCCAGGUCUGAAAAAUAUUUUGCUGAAGGGGAAGAUGCAAUAUUUGAAGGACAUUAACGCCAUCAUUUUUCUCUGCAGUCCAGUGAUAAAUGACAGAAACGAAUUACCAGAUCUUGGGCUGUACCUCAACGAUUUGAAUCAACAUGGCCUCAGCAAAGAGAUGGUGCUAACAGGGUGGCAGCACAGCUCUAAGUUGGAACUAGUAUUCGACAAGGCUGAACAAAGAGCUUCUGAGCUGGAAACCAACUACGCUCUUUUAGAUACGUGGAAGAGGCGAGGGGAUGACUUGUUGUAUUCUAUGAUACCUAAGAGUGUUGCGGAUCAUUUGAGAAGUGGUCAUUCUCCCCUUAGCACUUGUCAGUCAUUCGAUUCCGUUACAAUAAUGUUUUGUGAGCUUGUUGGUUUUAAUUCUUCGACCGUACAAGAUGCUAUGGAGCUAGUUUCAACAAUGAAUGCUGUGUUUUCUUGUUUUGACUCUUUAAUGGACAGAUUUAAUGUUUAUAAGGUAGAAACAGUGGGCAGAAUCUACAUGGCAGUCAGUGGGGCACCAGAAAAGACAGACGAACACGCAAGCAAUAUUUGUGACGUUUCUUUGUGUAUGGUGAAGCAUGUAGACCAACUUCAAAUACCCUCUGGCACAAAAGUUGGCGUCAGAAUAGGUAUACAUUCUGGACCAGUAGUUUCAGGAGUUGUCGGAAUAAAAGUACCACGAUAUUGUUUUUUUGGUGAUACAGUCAACACAGCGUCACGGAUGCAAUCCACUAGUGAGCCUGGAAUGAUACACAUAUCUGCAACAACGAAAUCGCAACUACCGGAAGAUAAAUAUAAAUUCCAGAAUCGUGGAGUUGUGAAAUUGAAGGGUAAAGGAGAAAUGGAAACCUAUUGGAUUCACGAGAUCAACGAGGAAGUGAUUCAACUCAAGGAAUGAAAGUAAUUCGAUGUAUACUAAACCAUCAACUAAUAAUAGGAUAAAUAUUAUAUGUACAUUUUCAAGACAGAUAUAUGGAAAAUUAAAUAUUUAAUGAGCA